UUCGCUGAAGAAAUCCCAAUCACGGCCAAUGUCUAAUUGGGUCAUAACCAAGGAGUUCCACCGUGGUCAAAUAGAUUACGGUGGCAAACCUACUUUAUAGUUUUGCUGUUCACACUUUACUUGCCUGUGAGCCCGUUAACUAGGCCCCAGUAUUCGGGCGUGGGGUCCUGCACAUACUGUACCAGUACUACUUGUAGCAGAUAUUAACCAGUUUUCGACAUUGGGUUAAUUGAUGGUCAUCAUCAGUGACUCCCGUGUUGCUUCAUUUAUUUUGACCGAUAUAUUACAUUACCAAAGGCACCGAUACAGUCGGCCCUAAUAGAACGAAAAAUCAUGGACUAGCACCAUUUAUCAGUAAUUUGAACACGUAUAUGGUAGUGCUUACAAUAUACCAGUAGUACAUGUAGUUAUAAAACGUGUAUAAAGGCACUAUUUACAAGUAUUUGCACAAGUACCGGCAUGGACAAUAUUACGAAUGUAUUAUGUCUAAGUUAUCCAGGGAGAGAAUAGAGGAGAUAACUGGACUAAAAUUGAGAGUGCUACUGGAGAAACUCAAUUCUGGGGAAUUGAAAUCUGCAGAGGUGCUACAGGCCUUUCAAUGCAAGGCUGUGGAAAAGAACAGAGACCUCAAUUUCAUCACUGCUGUUAUCAAGGAAGCACAGGAUGAUGCAGUGGCCUGUGAUACAGCUAGCGAGAAGGGGCCUCUUCAUGGUUUGCCUGUCACUAUUAAAGAUUGUGUUGGACUAAAGGGUUAUGACUCUACUUGUGGUCUGGUGAACUGGAUAGGCAAACCAUGGGAAGAAAACUCUGUGCUUACCAAAGUCUUGAAGAAACAGGGUGCUAUUCCUUUUAUUAAAACAAAUGUUCCUCAAACCAUGCUGGCGUAUGACUGUUCUAAUCCAAUAUUUGGUGCUACAAAGAAUCCCCAUGACCCCUCAAGGUCACCAGGUGGUUCCUCAGGUGGCGAAGGUGCAGCCGUAGGGUCAGGUGCCUCUCUCGUAGGCAUAGGCACAGACAUAGGGGGCAGUGUGAGAGUACCUGCUGCAUGCUGCGGAGUUUAUGGGCUUAAACCAACCUGGUUUAGGAUAAGCUCUGCUGGAAAUACCCCUUUCUAUUCUGGAAAUAAAUUGUUAUGCACCUGCUAUGGUGUUCUUGGACAAGAUGUAGAUAGCUUGGCAAUUAUGAUGAAGGCACUCUUGUGUCCUUACAUGUUCAAGUUGGAUCCAUAUGUACCUCCCAUUCCUUUCCAGUCAGAGAUAUAUGAAAGUACCAAGCCACUGAAGAUAGGUUUCUAUACUGAGUUUGAAGACUUUAUAACACCAGUGCCAGCUUGUCAGCGAGCUGUGUUGGUUGCUAAGGCUGUGCUGGAACAGAAAGGCCAUAAGCUCAUUCCAUGGACCCCUCCAAAUGUUAAAGAUAAUCUUUUUACCUACUAUGGCAGAAACAUAUUGGCUGACUAUGGGGAAUCAUUGGCAGUAAUGCUGAAAGGGGAUGUCAUAGAUCAGUGUAUGCAAGUUUUUCACUCAGUUAGGCUUCCUUACUUCUUAAAGAGGAUUAUAUCAUUCUUCAUAAAACCAUUUGAUUGCUUUGCUAGCCGAAUGUUAUUAGCAGUUAAGCCCUUCAGGUCUAUUUAUGAAUGGUUUAAUUUCAACACCAAAGUAGAGAAGUGGAAGAUGGAUUUUAAAGACAAUUGGCAGAAUUAUGAGAUGGAUGCUGUUAUCUGCCCAGUCAUGACUGCUCCUGCCCUACCACUAGGCUAUCCAGGGAGAGCUCAUGCCUCCAUGGCAUUUUGUACACUGUACAAUGUGCUGAACUUUCCAGCUGGGGUUGUCCCUGUUACUAAGGUCACUGCCACUGACAUGGAAGAACUGAAAAAUUACAAGGCCCCUAAUACGUGGCAGAAACUUGUGAAAAAGGGUUGUGAAGGUGGCAAAGGUCUCCCCGUGGCUGUGCAAUGUGUUACCUUACCAUUCCAAGAGGAGCUGUGUCUACGUGUGAUGAAGGAGCUACAAGAGGGACUACAAUAUGCACAUGAUGAAAUGGAAGAGUAUUAGGAUAGUAUUGGGUAGAAUUAGGGAAAUGGUUUAAAAUGAUGAAGGGAUUGAAGCAUGAAUUUCAAGAAAAUUAUGAAAGCAGGUGUGGUUUGAAUUUAUGCUUAUAAAUGUCUUGUUGUCAUUGAUCAUAAGCAGUCAGUUGUUAAUUAAUUUAAUUUCACAGUGCUAUAAUGUGAUUACUAUAUUACUUAUAAUAAUAGCACUUUAUUUUAACUAUGUGGAAGCAUAUUCAAUACAUCUGAUGGCAUGAUAUGCCUUCUAUUCAGUAGUCAUCUUGGGUUAAUCAGUGUAAGAAACAGAAGCUUCUAAGGAUGAAGUAUUCUUGGAAUAUAAAUGGCAGAUGAGAACAGAUUAGAUUUUGUUUCUGCAAAAAAAGUGAACAAGGGUACAAGAAUACAGGCAAUGUAUAAUUAUCAGAUUUUCUAUGAUUACACAUCAUACUGUUAAAAUAUUGAUUUAAUUCAGAGUGCAUUUACAGUGUAAUGCAUUUUGGUGAUAUGUAUGGUAACAUAAAAUAUGAAUACAAUGUUUCUUGUUAUGUGAUUGGAUAUAUAUUUUUUCAUUUCUUAAAUAUUUUUUGUUGUUUUGUUCAAUACAUUAACUAGGAAACCUUGUUGUUGAGUUUCUUCUAAGAUUUUGAUAGCAGUAUAGAUUUUCAAGUCUUUUAGAGAGGCACAUGCUAAAACCAACAUUCCAACUUAAUUAGCAUUAAGUAACUUUAUUCAUAAAUUAUCUUUUUUAUUUCUAGGCAAAAAUUUUCAUUUCAUUUGCACCUUCUGUGUUAAUUUGUCUGUGCUAGCCUCAGGUUAAAAUCUGCCUGUCUGUGUUACUGCCAAAACAAGUAUAGUUGCAGUUUUUAUAUAAAAUAACAAUAAUAAUAAUUUUAUAUGUAUAAUAAUUAUUAUUUUAUAUAAAGACAUACCUUUCCAUGAUGCAGGUUUCAUGUGAGACAUUGAAGUAUUGGAGUGGUAAAAACUCUGAUUUUCAGCAGUUGUAGGAAGAACUUAUCAUUAUAAUUUAGAUUUGUGUAAUUGUAAGCCAAAUAUAAAGUGACCAGACAAACAUUUGUAGAGAAUGUUAAGAGGAUUAAAGAACCAUUGCCCUCCACCAUCAACUUGAUCAAACAUUGUUUUUAAUUCACAUUACACAUAAAUCUUUCUGAUAGGCAAAGCAGCACAUACCCGUUGAAGGAUUGUUUACAAGAAUCUGUGUAACACAAUAGAAUAUAACCAAAAAGUACAAGUGCUAAAUACUGCAUAUCAUUAUCACAUCAGAACUAUUGGAGUAUUACCAGAGGCUUGUUAAUUAUUGAUGUGAUGUACGAUGAUCUAUUACAAAGAUUGUGCCAUGGGUAUUUUUUAAUUAUUGUAAAAGGCUAGACACAGGUAGAGUGUUCCCAGCAGCAUUAUUUAUAUACUUACUGACUUCAGAAUCUACAGAAUAUUAAAAUUCAUUGAUUUACGUCAUACAAACUGUAUGUAACAUUGUAUGUCACUUUAUGUUUUCCCCCUCUUUACAUUGUUUGCAACAUUUCUAUUCAUCUUUUGUUUGCAAGCACCCACAUACAUCUGAUUAUACCUGGCAACGUGCCUUCACCUGAGGUACAGGUAAAACCUGUCCAUGGUUUUGUUUGUAAAUGUUUGCUAUCUGUUAUUGAUGGUUGGUGUUAGGACAAAGCACAGAGGUUUACAGUCAGAGAAGGUUGAAAGGAGGGGGUGAUUUGUGGAGCUUGCAGCUGGAUUUCUCAAAUUUAGAAAAAAUUCUAGGGUUGCACUACUAGGUUUCUGUAUCACUGCCCGUCCCCCCC